AUGGAACACUACCGCACGCAUCUAACCUUUGAAAACACGUUAAAAAACACCAACAUUAUGCUGCUGAUGGUGGGCAUUCCGACCUGCGAGGAACUUUACCCGGUCGGUGUGUUGGCUACGGUUUGGAGAAACUUGGGGUUUAUCGGAUCUUUCCUGUUGCUGUCCUACACGACGGUCGGCGAACUGAUCUAUCUGCUGCAGAUGUUCGAACGGGAAGUGAACUUUCUCGAGGUGACAUUCCAAGCACCGUGCAUUGGGUACUGUGUUAUCGGUGUGCUGAAAAUGAUUAUCCUAGCGGGAAGACGCAACACGAUCGCCGAGCUGGUGGGAUUGUUUCGCACGAAAUGGAAGCAAGCGAUUGUAGCAGACGAACAUUGGAAGUUAUGCGAGGAUACCAUGAAACCAGCGAUCCGGGUUACUUCCGUAACGGCUCUGGUAAACGUUGUGAUGGGCAUAUCCUUCACCAUAUUACCGAUAGCGGAAAUGAUCUACCACCAUUAUCACACCGGAACUUGGAACCGUCAGCUAUCCUUCAACAUCUGGUGGCCAUUCGAUGUGUUCGCCGGUGCCAAGUACUUCUGGUUUGUCUAUCCACUGUACGUGGUGAUUGGAUUUAUCGGCAUUAUUAUCCACAUGGCAUUCGAUUGUUUAUUCUGCAUAUUGGCCGCCCAUUUGUGUAUGCACUUUCGGAUCCUGGAGCACAAUCUCGCCCUUGCCGCGGCGCUUACCGAUCGAGAGGCGAACGAUGAAGAGGCCAGCAUAGCACGCCUUCAGGAUGCGGUAAUUAAUCAUCAAAAUUUGAUUGGGUGUGGGGUGUUCAUGCAGAACGUGUUCGGUAACACGCUGUUUGUUAACUUCUUCGGCAGUUCGAUCAUUAUCUGCAUCCAAAUGUUUAUGAUUACGACCGUGAGUGGAUAUAUGCUGGUUAAGUUUGUGCUGUUUAUGCUGUGUUUUCUGAUUGAACUGCUGAUGUUGUGUGUGUACGGUGAGGAUAUUAUAGAAUCGAGUGGAGCAUUGAUAAAUGCAGCCUACGGUUGCCAGUGGUACGAGGAGUCAAAGCCAUUCCAGCGCACCGUACUACAGAUUAUACACCGAAGUCAACAGCCCGUCCUUCUGACUGCUUGGAAAAUUUGGCCCAUUAAAAUGAAUACUUUCAGCAGGAUUUUGCAGGCUUCCUGGUCCUACUUUACACUGUUAAAAACUGUUUAUCGUAACGAAUAG